GGCAAUAGCACUGGCAUGGAGUACCAUGGAUUCCAACAGUGCAUGCAAUUCCUUUUGGGUGUCGGAAUGCCAAUUCGUGUCCUCAAAACAGAUAGACAUACAUCGAUUGCCAAGCACAUGAGGGAGAGACUCCCAAUCAUCAAGCACUAUUUUGAUCUAUGCCAUAUACAAAAAAAAAUUGGCAAAGUUCUUACAAAGAUUUCGAAGCUAAGUGGCUGUGGAUCCCUCAAGCCAUGGAUACACCCUUGCCAAAACCACUUAUACUGGAGUGUGACCUCGGCAAUAACUGGGGGUGGGAAGCUCAUGUGGGCUAAAUUCAAGUCAUUUCUGAGUCACAUCAUUGAUAAACAUGAACGUUUGGAUGACCCCAUGUUCAAUUAAUGUCAUCACGGAGAAAUUGAACCAAGACAGUGGCUAUUGCGUGAUUCCAUGGUUUAUGAAAAAGUUUGUACAGAGUUGACAAAGCCAUCAUUGGUUAGUGGGAUUCAACAGGCAUCRCCUAUAUCUCAAACCAGCUGCCUGGAAGGCUUCCAYUCAGUGGUAAAUCAUUUUGCCCCMAAAAUGAUAGCRUACUCGCACACUGGAAUGCUGAUAAGGCAUAUUCUGGCUUCCAUUCACUUUAAUACCAAUCUAAACCGAGAAAGCRGGAAAAAAGCAGACGGUUCUGAGCAGAUUGUGGUUGUUUACCCUAAAUUCAAGAACGGAGAAGCCACUGURAGGAAUCGAAAAGUAAAGCAGGAGUUUGGCUAUGUKGAAGACAUAUAUAAGACAUGUAUUGAAGCAAUWGCCAAUAAAACACUUGAAGAAGCAUGUUUGUAUCUGCAAGAAAUGACCCCCGAGCAUAUGAAUACAAUGCUCAACAAGCAGGAUAGAGCAGAAGCCAUUCAGAAGCGUGAAGCCAGAAAGCAGAUGGUGGUUGUAGAUGUUCCUGGCACUGCGCAAGAAAAUCAAGCAGAAGUAGUUGUACAACAAGGCAGAGGAAGACCUUCGGGCAGAGGAAGGUCAGCAGCCAGAGGAAGAUCUUCAGGAAGAGGAAGGUCGGCAGCCAGAGGAAGACCUUCAGGAAGAGGAAGGUCGGCGGCCAGAGGAAGGACUUCAGGAAGAGGAAGGUCGGCGGCCAGAGGAAGAUCAACAGGCAGAGGGCAGUCAACAUAA